CUCUGACCCUUGUUGUAAAUAUCGAGGCCAUUAAACUGAAUGGUUGAAGAGACAACUUGUAAUUCUCGUCUAGCUGACUUUUCUGGACUAUCCAUCUAAAUUGAUCGAAUUUGGAAUUCGCCGGCGCCUAUUCUGGGUCUUCAACGACCCAUAGGUACUAUGCUCGCUGCCCCAAUUGUCUGGAGCCGAGCCCACAAAAAGAGCAGAAAUGGAUGCAACACAUGCAAAGCUCGUAAAGUCAAGUGCGAUGAGCAUCGGCCUGUGUGCGAUAACUGUUCUCGUCGUUGUGCCGACCUCAUAGCAUGCGACUUCCCACACCCCACAGACCUCUCAAAGACCCGGAAGCUCGUUCCAAGAGACACAAGCUCAGACACGAGCUCGAAUGAUUCCUACAGACCUCCGCCAAUACACGUGGUUGACACUCAUCCCAUUGGUAAGUCGACUUCCUCCAAGCAGCGCCGUCUAGAAAUGAGACUUCUUCAUCACUACACCACAACGACAUGUCACGGCCUCCCCUCAUUCGGCAAACAUGAUCCCCACCGAAUCUUCUCUACCGUCGUACCCCAAAUAGGCUUCGUAUCCGACCUCGUCCUCGACGCCAUGCUCGCCUUCUCCGCAUUCCACCUCCGUUCCCAAUCCCCCUCCUCCCCAAUCUCCACCUCCGAGCUCCAAGCAGCCGAAGCCCACUACAUGACCAAAGCGCUCUCCCUACAACGCCACGCCCUACAAAACCUCACAACAGUCAACCCAGAAGAAGUCCUGAACGCCGCGCUCUUCAUCUUCCACUACAUCUACCUCACCGAAAACCAAUUCGCCGUCCGCCCUGGCCCAGACUCAAAAUACCACAUCCCGACCCGGGCCCUCCACCUCGGCCGCGCGACAAUCGAUCUCUUCCACACGUUCCCCGGCACUAGACCGUUGUACUACGAGCUCUACUGUCCGCGCACAGAUCUCAUACUCGCCGCUCGUCCGCACUCCAGCACGUUCAUCGAGUCCGCGCUCCGCGACCUUGAUCGGGUUGAGAAUUUCUUGGAAACGAAUAACUCCUCCCAGCCUUUUACUUAUGGGCAAAUCGAGAAGAGAGUCUUGGAGGAAAUGCUCAAGAGCGAAAAACAGAUGAUUAAUUUCCUAACAGGAAAUAAAGAAGAGGUGUUCCCGGCAGCAAGGAAUAUGUUAGCGCUGUUCCCGCUGCGAAGCGAGAAGAGGUUUGAGGAGAUGCUGGAUGAGGGGAGGGAGGUUGCGAUGGGGUUGUUGGCGCGGGUUUAUGCUGUUAUGUACGUGCUGGGU